AUGCGGGCGCUGUGGCCCACAACCACCCACCGCCUCGCGCAUGGCGCUCGCUGCCGGCGCCUCCUCUCCACGCGGCCGACAUCGCCGUCCGACGUCACUCGGCCUCCGAGCGGGUUUGUCUCGGACGCGGGACGCGUGCUCUCGGCCGAGUCGCGUGCGCGCUUGGAGGGCCGAUUAUCGGCGCUUGACGCCACGGGCAAGGCGCAGAUGGCUCUGGUCGUUCUCGAGCGGCUGGGAGAUGAGACUGCGUCAGUGCAGGACCACUCCCAGUUCACAGCAGCGCUGUACGAUCUCUGGGGCGUCGGCCAGGCGGCGGCUCAGAAUGGAGUGCUGCUCGCGGUCUUCACCGAGUCGCGUCGCAUCGAGGCCCGCACCGGCGUCGGCGCGCGCAGAGCCUUGAGCGACACGUGGCUCGCGUCGAUGCUGCAGCAGGAGAUGGCGCCGCGGCUGAGGGAGGGAGACGUGAGCGGCGGCGUGGAGGCUGCCACCGAGUGCAUCCGGGACCGCCUCGCCCAAGGCGGCGAGGAGGGCGAGGACGGCAGCGGUGCGGCGGGCGCGCCUCCGGUGGACCGGAGGCGGCGGCGCUGCACGUCGUGCCCUGCAGACGAGGCGGUGACAAUGGAGCGGGUGCCAUCCGAGCUGGACGGCGCCUCGGAGCCGACCCCUCUCCAGGCGGCGAGCCAAGGGCUGCUGGCGCCCGACUCGCGCCUCGCCGCCCUGUCGCCGUGCGAGCGAGACGAGCGGCGGCUCGGCGCCGUCGUGUUCGGCCUGCUCCGCUGCCCGCGCUGCCACACGGAGCGAGUCCUUGCGGUGGAGACGGGGCGGUACCAGACGUGCGCCUCGUGCCACUGCCGCUGCGAGCGGAGCGAGACGACCACGCUCGCCGGCGCGACGGCGACGGGCGAGGGGAGGGAGCGGGUCGACACGUACUGCGAGCACUGCGGCCGCCGAGAGGCGCGCGAGGUUGCGGUGGCGCGCGAGGAGAGGUCCGCCUUUGGCUCAUCGGCGGGCGGCGGCGGCGCGAGUGCCACGUUUCUGCUCCAGGCCGACGGCUGGCGCGACACCCCGCCCAGCGAGCACCUCGAGCGUGCCGUGCGGCGGGGGCGAGCUGCGGUACAGUCGUGGGCGAGGUAG